AUGGCCAUAGAAUCGACAGAGGGAGAAGUCGAGGGAGACUCGGAGGCAGUGGCGGAGCUACCAGCGAAGCGGGAGCGGGGCCCCGGCGAGGAUUUGGUAUUCGGAGGGGGGAUGGAUAUGGAGUCGGCGGCGGCAUUGCAGGAAGUGCUGAAGCAGCACUGCGGGACUUUCGCGUACACUUUGCAGGAACUGGGAAGGUGCACCACGCACGAGAUGAAGAUCGAGCUCACCACCGAGGUUCCAAUAUACCAACGGAAGCGGCGGAUGAGCCCGGGAGACAUAGACAUCUGCACCGAGAAAUGCAGCGAGCUGUUGGAAGCAGGGUUGAUCCAACGAUCCGAAAGCGACUACGCCGCAGCAACAGUGGUAGCCUCACGGAAGGAUCUGACGGGAGCCGUCUCCGCGCGGAGAAUGUGUGGGGAUUAUAGGAGUCUGAACAAGGUUACAGUGGCAGAUAUGUACCCCAUGCAGUCAGCAGAGGAGACCUUCGAUAAGCUGCAAGGGGCAAAAGUAUUCUCCACCCUAGAUUUGCGGCAGGGAUUCAACCAGAUCCCCAUUAGAGCAGCGGAUCGCAAGAAGACAACAUUUCAUGGGCCGGACGGCUUAUAUGAAUGGCGCUUUAUGCCGUUCGGAAUGAAAAACGCGCCUGCCCUGUUCCAACGAGUCAUGGAUACGAUGCUGCGUGAUGUGCCGGCGGCUGCAUGCUACAUCGACGACGAAGUGGUCUUUAGCCCUGACGCGAAGCAGCACGUGAAGGACGUGAAAGCAAUGCUGGACGCCAUCCGAGACGCCGGCCUUACCUGUCACCCGAAGAAAUGCAGCUUCGAGAAUACGGGGGUGAAGUAUCUAGGGUUCGAAGUCCAAGGGGGUCAGCUGGGGAUUCAACAGGCGAAGGUGGAAGUCUUGGACAGAGUUCCCCAGCCGAAGGGCAGGAGACGUUGA